AGUCGAAAGAUUAGUUUACUAUUCUUUUUCCAUUUUAUGUCUUGAGGUCACUUCUCUCCUUUCUUAUCUACCUACUAUUGCAAUCAGAACUAUUGUUUUCAUUUCUUGGACCAAAGAUCUUUUUCAGUUUCUUCACUUUUCACUUUCUGAGUGGUCAGCGGUAUGGCUAGAAAAUUUGUUCCAGGAUAAAAAAUAAUGUCACCGAGCAAAUUUUCAUGGAAAUUGAAGACAAAUCUUCUCAAAACUAGUAAAUUUAGCUUUGAUGAAUAAUAAUUGGGAUUAUGAAAAUAGAACGCCAGUUAGUCAAGUAUGAUUAAUUAACAUCACCAUGAUGUUUACCUCGUGCUCAGCCUAUUUCCUGGUAAUUUUUUCAAAUACGCAUCAUAUAAAUGUUGACUAAGAUCUUGAUACCUUUUUUAUAGUGUUGGACUUGGAACAUUAGUUAGUUAUUUCAAGACUGCUUACAUCAAUUGCACAUUUAAAAACUGGACCUUUGUCUUGUCCACUCGCUUGACUUAAUAUAGAAGAGAGCAUCCAAGGGAAAGCUAUAUCUUUGUGAGGCAUAUGGCAAAAUAAACAUCCAACAGUAAAGUUAUUAAAAAGGAAAAACCAGUUUACAAGGGUAGAGUUGUGGCAUUAAAUUUCUUGAUGUACACCAAAUGUCGACUCAAGGCUUACUCCAAUUGUAAGAUGGUUAAUUCUAGUUGAAAAUGUUGUAGCCUUCCGAACAUGAUCUGUUCACACAUAUACGGGCUCACCCUCUUACCAAUUCUUGGUUUUAUUCCUUUACAGAGAAGACAGGGCCAUCCCAAUCCAAAGAGUCGAAGUGAAGCAUUUAGCCCUCAUAUGGAAGAAGCAGCUUCCGGUUUUCCAAUUGGUCCACCUAGACGAACACAAUAUUCGAAAGCAAGUAGCAAAGAUAUGUCGGAGGAUCCUCUGCAGAAAGUUUCUCACUCUGGGCCUCUUGCUCCAGAAAUGGGGGGUACAUUUCCCGGGAAGAAACAUGAUGAUAUUUCCAUUGUUUCGGCCCGAGCGGAUUUAUCCACACUAUCUGGUUUAGUGGCAUCUAUGGCUUUGUCAUCUGUAGAAUGCAGAAAUAAAUCUGAAUCGUUUGGAGAUCCCAUAAGACAGCAGGAUAGGAGACGUUACGAUCUCUUUUCUAGUUCUCGUCAAAUGGAAAAUGGAAGAUCUAGUACCAAAGAACCUGUUAAGGAUGGACAUGGUUCUAGAGGGAACAAGAUGCAUUUCUCCGGUCCUCUACUUCUCCAGUCAAAUAAUAUGGAUCAGAUGCUUAGAGAACAUGAUCUUCGGAUACAAGAGGCUGCUCGACGCCUGAGGCACGAUAAGACUAGAGCCAGUAAAGUCCGGCUGCACUAGACACAAUUGAUAUCCAAUCCAGCACAUAUCCCGAAAUCAUAAAAUAGAAUAGGACCAUUUAGAGAGAAAGAGAGAGACUUGUCCUGCAAACAAUUACUUUUCUGUAUAUUUGUGAGGGAUUAAUUCUACUUUAGAAUUUUAGCUUCAUCAACUCUCAGUCAAAGUGAAAGUAAAAUAGAGUUAGUUGCAAAGAAGAAUUGUUUUUUCUCAGUUAAUGACUGGGUGAUGGCAUAGGAGUGCUGGUUUGAGAGUUUAAACGAUAAUCAAUUUUAGUGGAACAUAUUUUAGGGCAAAUUUGACAAAGCUUAUAAGUGCUUAUAAACAAUAAAACUCAAUUUUUAUC